AUGAAUAUAUGUGUCAUCUUGACCAUUUUAUUUGCUAGUUUAAACGUGUUUUGCUGUAGCAAGAUCACUGAAUACAUUUACAGUUAUGUACCCUCCGCUCUAACAUCAUUCUGCACCCGAAGGUUAAAUCUUACAGGGCAAGUUGGCUGUUCCAGUGAUAUCAGCGGAAAUUCUGGAGUUGCUGUAUUCAUAGAUGGGUCAAAUGAUGUUCUGGAUAGCAUAAAUUCAGACGUAGUGACUCCUUUUAUCAUAGUCCUGGGAACCAAAGAGUUUACCAACUCUUCCUUGACGCAAUAUUUCCGUUCGAAACAAAAUAUCAAGGGUCUUGUUGUACUCUCCAGUAAGACAGAGGACUUCGAUAAUUAUGCGUUUUCUGAGUCUUCAACAUGUCCAAAUGGUCUAUAUAGUGCCUACAAAUGGUCUGAGCAAUGCGGCAAUGGCACACAGUGGAAUCCAGCAGGGUCGGGAUAUUCGUACAUCAGUUGGCCGUUUCCUGUUGUUCAUGUAGCUGAUGUCAACAACACUAUCAAAGAUGCCAUUUAUGAUUGUUUCUCAAAGUUCAACGUAGUACCUGUGGAUGACACAAGGUGCUCCAUUGAAAUUAGUAAUCCCAUGUCAGCCGUUGGAUCUUCGGAAACUUGCUUCCGUCGGCAGUAUCUUAUGUCACUCCAUAUAUCGGAGAAUACAGAAAUUUUCUGUGAUGAACUUACGGGACUAAACAUUGUUCUGCUAGCUACUAAUUCUUCUAAUCACUCAUUGGAUUAUAAUGCAAUGAAUAUCAGUACUUGUAAUCGGCUUGAAAAUUCUUCACUCUUUGUGCUGACAAGAAUGGACUCUCGGAGCAUGUUUGAACGCAGUGGAUUUUCAAGUCAAGGUGUACUCCCAAGUAUUGCAGUUUUAAUUUCAGUAGCAGCGCAUUUGAUGGGACAAGAAAACUUAAAAAAUUCUGGGUCUGCCAAGGACUUAUUCUUUGGAUUUUUGGACAAUGAAGCUUAUGAUUUCAUGGGAUCGUAUAGACUUUCAUAUGAUUUAAGUUCUGGAAAUAUUGGCCGUUAUACUGGCAGUCCAGUGAUGUGGGAUAAUGUGUAUGGUAUUAUUGAGUUGGGUGAACUUGGACUUUCUCAAAAACACAGCGAUAUUCCUACAUUUUACAUGUUGUCAGACGCUAAAACAUACAAACAGACUCGAAAUUCUACUGAUGUUCUUUUCUCUUAUCUAACUGCUGCGAGUAAUGCCAGUAGGAGAGUUAGCUUAGAACGACCUUCAGAUUUAUUACAAGCGUUACCAUUGCCUCCUACAGCCCAUGUGAUGUUGAGUGACCACGUUGGUCCGCCUAUUUUGAACAAACAUUUUGAAAGCUUUCUUGACACAACAUGGCCCCCAACAGAUAAUCCUACAGCAGAUUCAAAUCUUUUAGAUUUCGCCAAUACCUUAGCAGAUGCUUUACACAGAAUUGUUUCCUCAAACCAUUCACCUAUCCCUUCAAAUAUUACUUAUCCGAAGCCUAGUGAUAUUAUGCAUUGUUUUUCAACAGAUCCUGGAUGUGAUCUUUUCAAAAAGUACCUCAGUCCUGAAGAUUUUCAGUUCUUAAAAAUGUUAAGAACACCGGUGCCUGCACAGUCCUACUUGCCCCUAGGUCGACCAGAAAUGAAGGUAUCACAUCUGGUUAGUAUCUUGUUAAUGGGACUUACUGGUAGACGAACUUCGAGUCCUGCAUGUCCACCUUCUGAUGAGAGAGGUCCGUAUACCUAUUGGAUGGGAUAUUUCAAUGGUUCUGAGCAGUGUUAUUUUGCGCAGAUGGACAUAAUGUCACGCUUUUUGUUAAUGGAAGGAGAAAAGCUGAAAGCUCCAGCAUGGAUGCGCAGCCGCGAAUAUUCUGGCAGAUUCAUACGGUGGUACCGAGCAGCAUCCCCAACAGUCGAUGGACUUAGUAUUGCGCUAGGAAGACUAUGA